CUCCUUCUCAGCCGUGUUCCUUUCACCACGUCACCUAUUCUGGCCGGCUUUUCUUCCAGUCCUGUCUCCUAGGUUGACACGUUGUGCUUCUUGAUCUGGCAAUGGUGUAACCUCGUCUUGUGCGCAACAAGCGUCUCACCCCAACGACCACCGCCUCUAUGCGAGCGGUACUGCCGGGGAGGCCCCCAACGAAGCUCCAGUCGUUCAGCACUGCGCUGUGGGAUGGGCUUCGUGUCAUUGUGUACAUUUCUGGCCAAGCACUGGUUAUCCUCGGCGGUCCACACAAGCUCCUGCAAACAAUCUACGUCGACGAUACCGAUGUUUUAGAAGCAGUAACGAUCGAUGAAGUCUCUGGCAAGAUUGCCGCGUGUGGUGGGCCCGAUGUGUUCAUAUACCAACCAUACGGAAUCCAGAACGAAACGCUCAAGUGGUCCUUAGUCCAAACGUUUCGCAGCGAGGAUGACGACGAGGCGAUCCGUACCCUGUCGUGGGGCUCGCCUGAUGAACUGCUUCUCGGAAACUCGCAUCUUACCCUCUGGUUCCUGAACGAUAAGCCGCGACCGGUUUGGAAGCAAGGGCUGGCGAGCACGGUCAAAUUCGCCCAGUUCUCUCCUGAUGCGGCGCUUUUGGUUACCGCCGGACACUUUGAUCGAAUGGUCAAGGUCUGGCGGAGGCUGAACUUCGGUAAUAACAUCCGGUUCGAAGUAUCAUAUCUUCCACAUCCAACGAUUGUCACUGGAAUACACUGGCGCAAACCUUUCCACCGGGAACAAUCGAUGGGAAACGUCUUCUACACGCUGUGCGCGGACAAUAAGAUUAGGGUGUGGGCGGCGAUAGAUCAACAUGCUGCGACUGCUUUACAGCUGUGGACACAAAUCGAUAUGGGUGCAUCUGUUCAGCCGAGACAUGCGACAAAGGAUACCGACACCUCUCGCCGGUACGGUUUUAUAGUUGACAGUCGAGACUUUUGUGUUGCGACCGAGAAAGCCGUGCAGCGAGGCACAGGCAACGCGGUUAACCACGCCCUGGAGCAUAUUAUCGAAGUAGCGAACAAGAGCCCGGAAAUUUGCGUUGUCAUAGACGGCGAAGGACACAUGUCGGCAUGGGCGCUGCAGGAUGUUGGCUCUAAGGCGAAAGUGGACAUGAAUGUUUUUAACAUUCUGCAUGUUGAGGGCCUGAAUUUCGCAUUCAUGCCUGGUUUGACACCUGAAGAAGACUAUGCACAGUUGUGCGCUUUUCAAGGUACAGAAGCAGGCGACUCGAUCGCCAUUCUAGUUCACCACUUCGAUGGUCGGAUCGAGUGGUUUGAUUCGCCGGUCGACAUUCUAUUCGACCCGGCACCCCGGAAAAAUCGAGUCGCCAUGAGGGCAUCGUGGACGGGGCACAAUGGGCCGAUCAAGAAGAUCGUCCGUAACGCUAUUGGCGAUACGCUUGCCUCUCGCACGGACGACAGCAAAGCGUUGAUUUGGCGGCAGAAACAGAGAGACGGUGGAUCAGCGCUACUCCGGCAGAGUGCCCUACUAGCAGAAGAACAUAUUCAUCGCAGCUGUGUCGUCGGAGAUGGCAAAUUUUUAGUGAACCUUCAUCAUGAUGGAAUAUCUGUCUGGGACAUUCGCUCUUUCCAUGCGAAAAAGCUUGCCACUGCGAGUUUCAAAUUAUCCAGCAAACCUCUGUGUGUUUUGCCGAUCCCUACCGCGGAAGCAAAUGGUGUCGUGUAUAUAGCAACCGUUGCGACUGGCAUGGACGGGAUAGCUUGGGAGAUUCAACUACCAAAUGUGAAACAGGGAGAACCCGAGUGCCAGCUACGCAAGUUUUGCACAUUUCACCUUGGGCUCGAAGAGGACAUUGCUUACAUACUGCCUGUUGAUCCAGCUGGUCGCGAAGCUGAAAUUUCCGGCUUCUUCGACCUCUUCUCGCCGGACAUUGCACUCUCGUACACCAAGAAUGGCACCGUUAGAACUUGGACGGUCAAGGUUGAUAGGGAAAACAACCGCGUCGAUUGGCUCCUGACGUCCACAGUUGAAACAGGCAUUACGAACCUGUCACUGGCUAGCGGGAGCUCCAUUCGGAAAGCUGCUCUGGUCGACGAAGGACGUACGCAUUUGACUAUAUGGGAUACCAAUGAUGCCCAGCUAGAAUAUGAAGAGCACUUUUCGCAACAAGAUUCGAUUCGUGACCUUGACUGGACAUCUACCCCGGACAUGCAAUCCAUCCUCGCAGUUGGAUUUCCUUAUAAAGUGAUCCUUCUCUCACAAUUGCGUUACGAUUACCUUGACUCUCGCCCCUCUUGGACACAGAUUCGAGAAAUCUGGAUUCGAGAUAUUACCCCGCAUCCGAUUGGGGAUUCAUGCUGGCUUAGCAACGGCCAUCUUGCCAUCGGCGCCGGAAACCAGCUGUUCAUUUAUGAAAAUGAAAUUAGUGCUGCUGACCAUCUGAUAUCUCAACUCCGUAUACCUGCUCGUGGCCAAUCUACUGUUGACCUGUUUGAUGUUGUGAGCAGACUGAACGGACCGUUGCCUGUCUUCCACCCGCAAUUCCUGGCUCAGUGCAUCCUCAGCGGAAAGACUAAUCUGGUGCACUCCAUAUUGUUGAACCUUCACCGGAAACUUAAGUUCUACACGGAAGGGGAUGACAUCGACGGAUUUCUGGACAUGUCUCUGGAGGACUUCUAUGUAGAGCAUGAUACCCCACAGAGAGCGACUUCCAAGGAACUUAAUUCAUCCUAUGCCGACCUUUCCUUGGACGAUGAAGUGACAGUAGUGGAUGAGAACACAGCUAUGACGCUUAAUGGAAACCUGGCACGAUUUGCAUUGCCGCAACUGUCCAGUCAAGAACAGUUCCGGCUUGUUGACACUGUUGAAUGUGUGGCCACCGUUGAGAAGCACCGGCGCUCAAUGGAUGACAAUGCCGCUCGGUAUCUCCUGUUCUUCCGACAGCAUCUGUUGCGCAGAACUCAGGGAGUGGCCAUCAGCGAUACAGUGUCAUGGAGAGAGAUAGUUUGGGCAUUCCAUAGUGGCAGCCAGGACAUUCUUAUCGACUUAGUUUCGCGACAAUAUGCUGGGAAGUUAGGUUGGAAGUCAGCUCGAGAGAGUGGAAUUUUCAUGUGGCUGUCAAAUCCUGCUGCCGUGCGGGCUCAAUUAGAGGUUGUUGCUCGAAAUGAGUAUACUAAAACCGAAGAGAAGAACCCAAUUGACUGCUCAUUGUACUACCUUGCUCUCCGGAAGAAGAAUAUUCUUCAAGGACUCUGGCGCAUGGCGCACUGGCACCGUGAACAAGCUGUAACGCAACGUUUGCUGUCGAACAACUUCGACGAACCUCGAUGGAAGACAGCAGCUCUUAAAAACGCAUAUGCUUUACUCGGGAAACGGAGAUUUGAAUACGCUGCUACUUUCUUUCUACUCGCCGGACAAAUACGCGAUGCUGCUCUUGUCUGUGUGAAUCAGGUGGGCGAUUUGCAGCUCGCGAUCGCAAUAACGCGCGCAUACGAAGGUGAUGAUGGGCCCGUUCUGAAGGAGCUUCUUGAGGAAAGGGUGCUCCCCGAGGCCGCCGCCGACGGCAACCGAUGGAUGGCUUCCUGGGCUUUCUGGAUGCUAGGACAUCGUGGGAUGGCCGUUCAAUCGCUAAUUUUUCCCGUUGAAUCACUUAUACCUCCUACACCCUCUUCGCCUGGAUCUCCGGGCAUGAUUCCUCUGCAGGCCAAGUCGUACCUAUCCAAUGACCCUGCAUUGGUCGUUCUUUACAAGCAACUCCGCGAGAAAACCCUGCAGACGCUUAAAGGAGCAUCUAAGAUCUCACCCCAGGCGGAAUGGAAUUUUGUUGUCCGCAACGCGCGUCUGUAUGACCGCAUGGGCUGUGAUUUACUUGCACUGGAUCUGGUUCGGCACUGGGAGUUCCUGGGUGGGCUUCCCACCCCCAAACCAAAGAAAGAUAUAUCGCUGGCUCUGCAGCAGGAGGAACCUGACUACCGCAAGUUGCUCCGACGCCGAAGCAGUCUCGUAGUGGCAGACUUGCCGGUCAAGGAGCGCCUACUGCCUGAACCGCAAACGCCGGUUGCGUCGCAAAAGACGCCUAAACCGCCCCCUACGAUGUUCCACGAACCGGAUGCGAACUCCCUGCUUGACAGCUUUGGUUUUUAGCUUAUUGUUAGCAGCGAUAAGCGUUGAAAUGUGCGCUCAUGCACCUGAUUGUACAUAUCGUUUCUGUGACUUCUGAGUACUCUUUCUUAUCGAUGUUACGUCACUUGAAUAUGGAUGUGGACGAAGCGCGUCUGCAAGAUGUGUAUAAUAACUUCUAUCUUAUUCCUAUAUGUGAAGGAAAGGCAUUUGCAGUGUAGGAAGACAAUUUGUGUUCGUGUUCUAAAGC